ACCUGGCAAAAUAAAGACAAGCUCCCAGCUCCUCACCAUUCAAUUGGGUACGUCACAAGUACUUCCGGGGCACAGAUCAGAAAACAUCGAUGGUGACCGCAUGUUUGUUGAAGCUGUGGAAACGCAGUUGAAUAUUAAUAUUUAAAUACAAUAAUAGCCACUAAAACACCUGCAGAAUGAAGGACACUCCACUGUCUAACUGUGAGCGGGAUUUCCUGCUUAAAGCCAUCGAGGAGAAAAAGCGCCUGGAUGGACGACAGACUUAUGACUACAGAAAGAUGAAGAUCACAUUUGGGACAGACUAUGGGUGCUGUUUUGUAGAUCUGGGGAAAACCAGGGUCAUGGCACAGGUGUCGUGUGAGCUGGUUACUCCUAAAGACAGCCGACCAAAUGAGGGAAUCAUGUUCUUCAACAUUGAGCUGUCACCUAUGGCCUCACCAGCCUUUGAACAGGGCAGACAGUCUGAGCUGUCAGUGAAGCUGAACCGACAGCUGGAGAGAUGCUUGAGAAACUCAAAGUGCAUAGAUACAGAGUCCCUGUGUGUGGUGUCUGGAGAAAAGGUGUGGCAGAUCAGAGUAGAUGUUCACAUGCUAAAUCAUGAUGGGAACCUGAUGGAUGCUGCCAGCAUUGCUGCCAUCACUGCCUUGUGUCACUUCAGACGCCCUGAUGUGGGCAUCCAGGGGGAUGAAGUCACAGUGUACAGUCCAGAGGAGAGAGACCCUAUUCCUUUGAGUAUUUACCACAUGCCCAUCAGUGUCAGCUUCGCAUUCUUUCAACAAGGAACGUAUCUGCUGGUGGAUCCCUGUGAGCGGGAGGAGCGGGUGAUGGAUGGCUUGCUGAUGAUUGCAAUGAACAAACACAGAGAGAUCUGCUCCAUCCAGUCCAGUGGGGGCAUCAUGCUGCUGAAAGAGCAGGUUAUGAGAUGCAGUAAAAUAGCAAGUGUCAAAGUGUCUGAAAUCACAGAACUCAUCAGCAAAGCCCUGGAGAAUGACAAAAAAGCACGGAAAGCAGGUGAAAGGUGUGGAUUUGCGGAGUCGAUGCCCCAGGAGAGAAUCACAGCGCUGAAAAUGGAUGAGACUCCAGUGGAGAUGACUGAUGUGUCGGAUAGAGCCAAUGACAUCGUUCAGAAAUCUGAGGGCCCGCCUCAGACUGUGCCUUCCCCAGUGGUGCCUGUUCCAGGAGUUGGUCAGGUAGGGCAGGGGCUCCAGAACACCUGGGGACUACAGGAGGAUGAGGAAGAUGAAGAGGAGGAGAAUGAUAACAGUGGUGAAGAGCAGGAAGAUGAAGUGAUGCCGAUGAAAGAGGCUAAGCACGAAGACCUGGAGAGCAGAGGAGAUGUGGUUGAGAUAUCUGACAGUGAAGAGGAAGAAGUCGUCAUACUCAAUCCAGAAAUUCCAGAAAAAGCUUCAAAAAAUACAGGAUCUAGUUCCCACCAGAAGGAGGCAGCAGCGUCAAAGAAAAGACCAAAAAAAAAAUGAAAUUAGGAUCAAAGAAUUUCUCAACCACCAAAAUGUGUGAUGUAGACCUUUACAGAGGAGUUCAUAAUGUUGUACAUUUGUGUAAGAAGUUUGGUCUAGCCUGCUAAUUACUAAACAAAAAAUGUAUUAAGCUACAUUUUAAAAAAUAUUGAAAUUUUUAUUUUUUUUUGUAUGACAUGUUUUGGUUAAAAUAAAUUACCUUAAAAAAAAUGUACAAGUGCAGGGGGAGAUUGUCUGUAUAAAUGUCAUGGUGCAGAAUUUGAAACUUGAAUGGCAUAGAUGGUAUUUGUAACUAUUAAUUUAUCUAUGCUAUACUUUCCCUCCCUUGCGUUUGCGCUUGGCAUAUAUUUGAUCUUAUUUUGAUGGUAUUUUUGGAGGGCUGUCGAGGAAAAGACAGGUUCCACCGAGAUUUGAACUCGGAUCGCUGGAUUCAGAGUCCAGAGUGCUAACCAUUACACCAUGGAACCCAUACUACCAAUUUUCAUGAAUUUUCAAUUAAUAAACUUCACUCUGACCUCCGG